AUGACAUCACCGACAAACUCACACAGUCCAUUCCAUCACCGACAAACUCACACAGUCCGUACCAUCACCGACAAACUCCCACAGUCCAUACCAUCACCGACCAAAUCACACAGUCCAUACCAUCCCCGACAAACUCACACAGUCCAUACCAUCCCCGACAAACUCACACAGUCCAUACCAUCCCCGACAAACUCACACAGUCCAUACCAUCCCCAACAAACUCACACAGUCCAUACCAUCACAUACAAGCUCACACAGUCUAUACCAUCACCGACAAACUCACACAGUCCGUACCAUCACCGACAAACUCACACAGUCCUUACCAUCACCGACAAACUCACACAGUCCUUACCAUCACCGACAAACUCACACAGUCCAUUCCAUCACCGACAAACUCACACAGUCCGUACCAUCACCGACAAACUCACACAGUCUCAGUCCAUACCAUCACCGACAAACUCACAAGUCAAUACCAUCACCGCCCAAAUCACACAGUCCAUACCAUCACCGACCAAUUCACACAGUCCAUACCAUCACCGACAAAAACACACAGUCCAUAUCAUCACUGACGAAAUCACACAGUCUAUACCAUUACCGACAAACUCACACAGUCCAUACCAUCACAUACAAGCUCACACAGUCCAUCCCAUCACCGACAAACUCACACAGUCCAUACCAUCACCAACAAACUCACACAGUCCAUACCAUCACCGACCAAAUCACACAGUCCAUACCAUCACCGACAAACUCACACGGUCCAUAUCAUCACUGACGAAAUCACACAGUCCAUACCAUUACCGACAAACUCACACAGUCCAUACCAUCACAGACAAGCUCACACAGUCCAUACCAUCACCGACAAACUCACACAGUCCGUACCAUCACCGACAAACUCCCACAGUCCAUACCAUCACCGACAAAAACACACAGUCCAUAUCAUCACUGACGAAAUCACACAGUCCUUACCAUUACCGACAAACUCACACAGUCCAUACCAUCACCAACAAACUCACACAGCCCAUACCAUCACCGACAAACUCACACAGUCCAUAA